UUUCUGUCUUUCUUUUCGCUGCAUGCAGCAGUCGAUUCAAAACACGUUUUUGAGUCGUAAUUCUUAAAUGUUAAUAAAAAGUUAUUCCUUUCUUUGAUUUUCGGCUGAACUCACAAGCAUAAUCAUGACGGCACGCUCGAAAUCCCGGCGGGAUAAAAAUAACCGGAUCCGCCGCGUGAAGAACAAACAAAAAGAGCUGAAAAAAUUGAAGAAAACACUAGGCCUCAUUGAUGAAGAUGGCAUGGAUCUGAUGGAGAAGGUGAAGGAGAUCACUGAACAACAGAAGCGUAAACAGGAAGAAGAAAAAAUCAAAUCUGAGACCUUAGAAGAUAUUUUCAAACAAGAAACAAAAAACUUGAUCGAUACGGAAGAUUAUGUCGAGGUCGAAAAUCAACAGUCGAAGAUUAAACAUCGAUAUAAUGCUAAAACGAAGCAAGAUCAGUUCGGCCAGUACCCAGUUUGGUACAACGCUAAAAAGGAACGCAGGAAGAAACUUAUUCGGGAAGGUAAAAUCAAAAAGAAACGCGGCCGACCGGGUAGAAAGAUGCAUUUUAUUGAUGAAACUUGCAACUGGAGGAAUAUCGUUUAAGGAAUUUAUUCCCAUUUCGUUUCAAUACUUGCUUAUAUUCAUAAAUGUUUGGAUUAUACUACUCUAUUCAUUUCUUGUCUCCAGACCGGACAAGAAAAUCAGAAAUAAAGUUUAUGAAUGAAAUAAUUAACACAAAAUAA